UGAAGGCAACUGAAAAAAGCUAGGGAGAUAUUUGGAAAAGGGAGAGGCGGGUGAGACAGCAAAAAGGAUGUGACAGAUGAGGAAGAAGGUGCUGAAGGGAUGUCCUUUGUUGUCUUUGUUGGGGAGCAGCACUCUGUCUGGAAAAGAUGGCGGAUGUUGAUGCUUGUGCUGGUGGGGAUAGUACCAGAAGAAAAAUGGAUGCUCUAGCAGAUAGUGCAGCUGAGAUCGUUCCGUUGGAGCUCUAUGAUUCAGCUCGAGCAAAAAUAGCUGCUAAUCUACAGUGGAUCUGUGCUAAAGCCUAUGGAAUAGAUAACAUUCCAGAUGAACUGAAGGACCCUUUUUAUAUAGAUCAGUAUGAGGAAGAACAUAUUAAACCACCUGUCAUCAAGCUGUUGCUGUCCAGCGAGCUCUACUGCCGUGUCUGUAGCCUCAUUCUGAAAGGGGAUCAGGUGGCUGCUCUGCAGGGACACCAGUCGGUCAUCCAGGCUCUGUCUCGGAAAGGGAUUUACGUCAUGGAGAGCGAUGAUACACCUGUGUCUGAAUUGGAUCUCAGCUGUGCGCCAAUCAAAAUGAGUCCUCACAUGGCAAUGAUUGAUGCCCUCAUGAUGGCCUACACUGUUGAAAUGAUCAGCAUUGAGAAAGUGGUUGAAAGUGUCAAAUGUUUUUCUACAUUUAGUGCCUCAAAGGAAUUGCCCUAUGAUCUGGAGGAUGCAAUGAUAUUCUGGAUUAAUAAGGUGAACCUGAAAAUGAGAGAGAUAACAGAAAAAGAGGUCAAACUAAAACAGCAUUUACUGGAAAGCCCAGGUCACCAAAAGUCUCCUUCCAAAUGGUAUUGGAAAUUAGUACCUGUACGUUAUCGCCGAGAUCACCUUUCAAAUAGGCAGUUACCAUUUUUCCCAUUGCUUGAAGAUUUGAUGAAGGACUGCAGUGAUGGGGCUGCUUUAUUGGCUGUGAUACAUUAUUAUUGUCCUGAACAUAUGAAGCUAGAUGAGAUCUGCCUAAAAGAGGUAACAUCGAUUGCUGACAGCAUCUAUAACAUCCAGCUGCUUCGGGAAUUCUCAAAUGAAUAUCUUAGCAAAUGUUUUUACCUCACACUGGAGGACAUGCUUUAUGCACCUUUGGUCCUAAAGCCCAACAUGAUGGUCUUCAUUGCUGAAUUAUUCUGGUGGUUUGAGAAUGUUAAGCCAGAUUUCGUGCAGCCCAGGGACCUCCAAGAAGUAAAAGAUGCAAAAACAAUGUUGCAGCAGAAGAGUAGCCGGCUGCCUCUUCCUAUUUCCAACGCAACGAAACGCAGUUUCAUGGUGAAUCCAGCUGCUUCCAGUUCAGCUGAUGUACAGCUCCCAGUUCAGCUCCCUUUGGAGUCUUGCAACAGGUAUUCCCUGCAUCCUGAAGAAUUUGAGUAUCUCGGAAAAGGAAACCCUGCCUUCAGCCCAUCCCAUCCAUUGCUGCCUUUGAGACAAAAACAACAGAAGUCCCUGCAGGGGGAGGACAGUUCAGAUCAACGGCAUCGUUCUAAUUCAUUGACAAGAGUAGAUGGGCAGCCACGGGAGUCAAUCCUUGCAUGGCCAGAGAAGAAGCAAAGACCUGUUUCUCAGCCAGCACCAUUUGCGCUUCAUUAUGCUGCAAGCAGUGAUGCAGACCCUAGUUCUGGUGACAGCAUUAGCUUGGCUCGGUCAAUCAGCAAGGACAGCCUAGCAUCAAACAUUGUCAACAUCACUCCAAAACAGCAGCCUCAGUUUGUACCAGUGAAAAGCGAUGGGAAAAGUUUGCUGAACAAUGUAGAAAUAGAGGAUGAGGAUGAGGAUGAGGAUGAGGAAUUGAUUGCAGUAAUCUGCCCAGAUGCUACACUGAACCAUGGCAACCUGGAACUUCAGAGUGUGCCAGCGAGAUCACCUAGUCAAGUUGCAACCGCAUGGGCUCAGAAAUCACAAAGCGAAGCCUCCAAAAGCAAGACAGAUAGCUUUUUCCUUGAGCCUUUAAUGCCUGCAGUUCUACGACCAGCAAAGGAAAAACAAUCAAUCAAUAAGGAGGAUGAAUGUGGGGAAGGAAAGAAGAGAGGCUUUGUAUCAAAGAGAGUGAGUGAAGGGCCCAUGGCUUUAAUCCGUAAGAAAGCCAAUAAUAAUCAUGCAGAUCACACCCUUGGCAGAACUUCUAGUUCAGAAUUAUCAGCAGUUGCUGGUUCCAGCAUGGCAGAUCCGUCAGUGCACUCAGAAGUCAGAGGAGAGCCCUUCCAUCCCCAGGCAAUUAGUAGCUUAGAUACUUCAUCUCUAGAACAUUCCUCCACCAAAGCACACGAGGAUUUGGCUUGCAGUACAAAUGUUGGCUACAUGAAAAGUCCAAAUUCUCGCAUUUCAGACACCUCAUGGACAAUGAUCAGGCAAGAUUCUGAUUCAGACAUUCUGGAUAUGGAGGAAGUCGAACAAGAUUUAGUGUCAGACGACCAUCCAAUAAUUGCCAAGUAUAUAGGAGAAGAGGAAUCAGCAAAGCUGCAAGAAGACAUGAAGGUUAAGGAACAUGAAGAUAAAGAUGAUGCCAGUGGACGUUCAAGUCCAUGCCUAAGUACUAUUUCUCAGAUAAGCAGCUCGUCUGUGACCAGUGGGAGUGCCAGAAUGACUAACUUUGCUGAACGGAAGCUUCAGAGAUUGAACAACUAUGAAACAAAAUCCAGCACAAGCAGCUCACAGAAGACUACACCAGAUGGAUCAGAGUGUUGUCCUGCCCUGUUAACCACAUGGAAGCAGAAGAGGGAGCAAAGCCCCAACAGGCAGAGCAAAGAUAAUGUUAACCUGCUGGCUUCUGAACUGGUGCAGCUUCAUAUGCAGCUGGAGGAGAAGCGGAGAGUAAUAGAGGCUCAGAAGAAGAAGAAGGAGGUGUUGUCGGCCAGGCAACGGUUAAAACUUGGCAAGGCAGCAUUCUUGGGUGUGGUGAAGAAAGGGAAAGGGACUGAAGUUGCUCAGCCACUUAAGCCAGAGCACUUCACAAAGGAGUAUUCAAGACACAAUGGGGAAGGCUUGGAUGCUACUUUGAACUCUGAAUCUGAGGAAUGGGAUGAAGACACCCUUGAUGCUCUUGAAGUGCCCAAAGUAAAGGCCCAAGAAACUGUUGCUUUUGUUGAGCAAAACAAUCCAAAAGAACCCACUAUAGAGAAAAGCAAAAUGAUUUCUGCUGCACUUCUAGAAGAGAACAUCGAAUCUGCUGAAUGUGAUCUCCCCAUUGAGAAACUAAAUGAAGUGAUCAUUGCCCUCCGGCAAGAUGUCCUGAAGAUUUCUCGGCAACAAGAGCGUCUCAUGAAACAGCCAAUGGCAUCAUCACUGAGAGGCGUCUCUCAGGACCAAAAGAUAAAAGCACCAGUUCAUUUUGUCGAAUCUCUGUCUCCUACUGACAUGAGUAGUCUCCCUAAGCCACCAUGUCUCGGUCAAGGACGGAGUCCUCACUCAGGGAGACCAUCUGAACUGAAAGAGGGUAAGGAGCGUCAGCAAGCCUUGAUGCGCAUCAAAACCCUGACUCCUAGCACUGACACCUUGCCACACUUAAGGCAGUUUCCAUCAAACAAUUCAUCCAAGACCCUGACUGAAGCUACUGUUGAAAAUAAUUUUGACCUGGACUGCACUAGAGAGAAACAGCGAGCAGGAUUUACCCUGUCCACUUCCAAAGACACAAAUAUCCUCUCUGAGGCUCUCAAAGAUGUGAAUAGCAACAUAGAAGACAUUAGCUGUGCUUCUUGUGAUAGCUCAGGGAAAGAGAACAUCCCAACAGAGGAGUCCACGAGAAGCAAAGGUAGUCUUAUUGAAGUAGACCUGUCUAAUUUAAAAGCCCCAGAUGAAGGAGGAGAAGCUGAAAGCCAAGGAGACUCCACAUACCUGACUGGUGAAAUUGAUCAGAAGUCAGGAGUUAGUUUUUUCUUUAAGGAUGGGCAGAAAGCAGAAGACGAGCUUGCAAAGAAACGUGCUGCUUUCCUCUUAAAGCAGCAGCGCAAAGCUGAAGAGACACGCCUUAGAAAACUGCAGUUUGAGGCAGAGGCUGAACAAAAGAGAGAUGAAGCCCGUCGUAAAGCUGAAGAAGACCGCAUACGGAAGGAAGAAGAGAAAGCCCGGAGAGAGCUCAUCAAGCAAGAACACCUGAGAAGAAAGCACCAGCAAAACUUGGAAGAACAAGGCCGUGGGAAGCCCAAACCCAAGCCCAAGCAGCCAAGGCCAAUAUCUGUUCAUCAGGAAGAAUCCUAUAGCAACUUGGAAAGAAAGUGUUCUUCUAUCCCUGAUAAUCUAAGUAGUGCUCAGUCGGGUUCUAGCCUGUCUUUGGCAUCUGCAACGACAACUGAACCUGAAAGUGUUAAUUCUGGUGGCGCACCUUCCAAACGAGUGAAAUCAAUGGAAACCUUGCCCAUAUUGAGCAGGAACCCAAGUCGAAACAUGGAGAGAGACUGGGAAAACACCUCAGCAGCCUCUUCAGUUGCAUCAGUAGCAGAAUAUACUGGUCCAAAGAUGUUUAAAGAGCCCUGUGGCAAGUCAAACAAAUCAAUUAUCCACAAUGCUAUUUCCCACUGCUGUCUUGCUGGAAAAGUGAAUGAGCCUCACAAGAAUUCUAUACUGGAGGAGCUCAAGAAGUGUGAUGCCAAGCACUACAUUAUUUUGUUCCGUGAUGCUGGCUGCCAGUUCAGAGCACUUUAUUGUUUCUAUCCUGAAACAGAAGAAAUUCACAAACUGACAGGAACAGGGCCAAAGAGCAUCACUAAGAAAAUGAUUGACAAGCUAUAUAAAUAUAGCUCGGACAGGAAGCAAUUUAAUAUCAUUCCAGCCAAAACCAUGUCUGCCUGUGUUGAUGCUCUGACGAUUCACAACCAUCUGUGGCAGCCCAAACAACCUGUAGUGCCAAAGAAGACUCAAACUCACAAAUGACAUUACAAUUCAGUGGGAGACUAUUGUAGAUUUCAUCGUUGGGGAGAAAUGAGUUUCCUCACCCUCUCUCUGGUUUGGGUAUGAAAUGAGCAGAACCAUAAUCCCUUUUUU